AUGGAGUUCAUGACCACCCUCCAAGGCGGCUACGACGAGCAAAAGCCAUCCCUCUUCGAGAUCCUUUCAGAGAACGAACUCUCCGCACUUAUCCCUCCCUCCAUUCGAUAUCUCCUCGCCAUCGCAGCGCACCGCAACCCGCGCUAUCUGCUCCGAAUCCUCAACAACUUCGAUGAACUCUACGCGCUCCUCAGCCUGGCCAUCGAACGCUACUAUCUGGGGACCUACGGUGGCGGCUUCACCGAGAACUUCUACGGCCUGAAGCGCGAGCGCGUCCUGCGCAUCAAAGGCGGUGAGACCCCGCGUGCGCGUCUCGGCGCCGCACACGAUGUCCGCGAGACGUUGAAACUCCGGACGGGCGAUAUCUGGCGGAAUCUGGCCGUCAUGGUAGGCAUUCCGUACAUCAAGAGGAAGUUGGACGAGAGCUACGAUAUCCAUGCUGCGGGAGUGAAUAUGCUUGGACCGGCGUAUCGGGAUCGUGAUGCGUACCCGCGAGAGGGAGGGCUCAGGAAGAAAGUCAUGUGGUAUUAUAAGUGGUUUUUGAGGAAUGUCUAUCCUAGUGUCAAUGCGGCGUAUUGGUUCGCUAUGGUCGCGUGGAAUCUGGCAUAUCUCUUUGACGGGACAAAGUUUCAUUCGCCGUUUAUGAUGUUGAUCGGAUCGCGCAUGAGGAGGUUGAAUGCGGCCGAUGGCAGAGCGAUUGAAUUGGCGACGGCUCCUCCACCACCACCAGAAGGCGCGAGACCGGGAUUGGUGUCGCUGUUGAACCCACGGACGAUGGGUCGUGUCAUCUAUCCCCAGCUCUUAUCGAGUCUGAGACUGCUCCUGCCGACGUCGAUCUUCGCGUUGAAAUUCCUCGAAUGGUGGCACAAUUCCGAUUUCGCCCGCCAGCUCUCCCGGAAAACCAACGAAGGUCUCGAACUUCCACCUCCGAUCAUCGCUGGCCCAAAACCCGGAACCACAAGCACUCCAAACAACAAAGCAAACAGCGUCUCCUCCGAAGACAGCUCCCCAUCCGAGAAGAACCAGAAUCUCAGCCGAAGAGACUCAGGCCUCGCACCAAGCGGCCCUCCCAUCUCUGCAAUAACCUACCUCCCCAUCCUCACCGUGCCCUUCCCACCCUCCACAAGCAACACGGAGCCCUCCCCGUUCUCCUCCGAAAACGGAGAAAACAACACCUCCUCCCUCUGUCCAAUCUGCACCUCCGAAAUCCAAACCGCAACCGCCGCCCAAACAGGCUACGUUUACUGCUACUCCUGCAUCUUCCGAUGGGUCGACGGCACACACCCACGCCAGGAGGCGUUUAUGGAUGGCUCUGGGGAGCAUGAACUUGCGAUUGGUGAGGAUCCUGAGGCGCAUGAGGGGAAGGGUAGUCGGGCUGGAAGGUGGGAGAGUGGGAAAGGCCGCGACGCGGUUACGGGACGGAGGGUUUUGGGCGGGACGAGUGGGUUGAGGAGGGUUAUGGUGUGA